AAGAGAAAUCAUUAUCAGCACACCAGUCAGUUGAAAAUAAUGAACUUGGUUCAGAUGAAGAAACAGCAUUAUCAGAGGCUUUCUAUGGAAAUAUCGCCUUGCCUUUUUUAAACCUUAAUAUAAGCCCGUCCCAGGUUAGUUAA